CACCUGUUCGUGUGUUUUUCACACGUGAGAUCAUGUGACUAAUAUAUGCAGGGUCUGAAAAAUCGUAUCAUUUCACACGUGGAGUUUGUGGGACAUUGUUGAAGAGGACCGCAGGUGAUUUGCGGGAGCAGGACGCCGCUCUCUGGCCACUGCGGGAGCACAGACACCUCACAAGACGCAAACACGGAGGUCACGUGCUCCGGCACCCGCAAGCGAACGCGACUCGUUGUUGUUGUUGUUGCUGCUUCUGCUGGGGUCCUUGUCGCUUCCUCGCGCGCUGCCGCCGGUGUCCGCUCUCGCUCUCUCUCUCUCUCUCUCUCUCUCUCUCUCUCUCUCGGACAUGUUCGUGCUCCGGCAUGUUCGCGUGGCUCUAAUGGCCGCCGCCGCCGCCUUCGGAGCCGCUGUGUUCAUGGCCAUAAACCUCUUCUACAGGAGGAGAGUGUGGACACCGGAAGACUACUGCGCCUUUAAAGAGGAGGAAGAGGAGCGCAGACAGAGGCAGGUCCUUGUCCUCGGCUUAGACGGCGCUGGGAAGAGCAGCGUUCUACAGCAGCUGAAUGGAGCAGCUUGCAAAAGAAAGUGCACCCCAACGCGUGGCUUCAACUUCAUCCGUCUCCACACACCCGCUUGCGAAUUCGACUUCCUAGAAAUUGGAGGUGGUGAGGACUUGCGUGCGUACUGGGCUGACUUCCUGAAGAGAGCACAUAUUUUGAUGUACGUGGUGGACUCCUCAGACAGAAGACGACUCCCUCUAGCUAAAGAUGAACUUCACCGCCUUCUCAGCCUCGACACGAGACUUCCAGUUGUAAUACUGGGAAACAAACAGGACAAGCUGGAUGCUGUUAGCGUGCCUGAGCUGCGUGACGCUCUCUCUCUGGCCUCAGUCCCGGAUCAGAGGAAGCUCUUCCUUCUCCAGCUCAGCUCUGUGGGAGAAUCUGAGCCCUGCAGUCUCCAGAAUCUUCAGGAUCUGCUCAUCAAACUAGAGUCUGAUCAAAACUAGUGCAAUGUGUAUAAGGGAUCUUUCAGAUAGUCUCAGGAUGAAAAAGCUCGAUACAAUCAAAGGGUUUGUUGUAAGCACUUGCUGUUUCUCAGAAGGAUUAUGAGUCAGGUAUCCGGAGUGAAAGUGACUCCAAUUUAUUGUUCCAUAAACAAUACUAUAAACUAUUAUAAUCCGUGUAAUCAAUACGUGUGGCGGCUGGGAAAACCCAUCGGAUAUCGCUGUGGCUAAAUUCUGGAAAAGAAAUUGAUUUUUCUGCUAAUAAUAUACUGUAAGACAGAGGUUUUUUUUAAUUCUCAACCACUGCGUUCCUUGCUAAUGUUCACAAACAUGUAGGCUACGAGAUAAUGGUCACAUAACUAAGACAUAGCAAUACUGGCAGAAUGACCUUCACUUCACAUCCGAUGCUCCUGCAACAGAAAAAGUCUACUUUCUAACUUCUAAUCGUGUUGGGUAAUGAGCCAGUUUAGUAUAAACAGUCAGUCUAAAAUCUUGCUAGCUAAAUUUCAUUUCCUCACAUAGUGAAUUUCAUGCUCUGUUCACGUUUGUUGAUAGCUAUGUGCCAUAACCAAAAGGAGAUUAGCCUACAUAGUUUAGUCGCCUAGAAAGAAGCGAUUAUUUCCUAACCAAUGUUAGCGUGAACAGAGAUCAUUUGAGUGACGAGACAAUUAGCACACUUUGAGGAAAGCGCUAUCCGCCCUCUUCCACAUACAUGAGCUCAAGCUCAGAUGCCUACGAUUGGCUAGUGUUGUUCAGAUUGACAGGUUAGAGUAUGUAUGUAUGCCCCUCCCACCCCAAGGGCACACCCAACUUUGCUCCCUCAUCUCCCGGCUAUAGACGGCUGUAGCAUCUCCAGGAUUCGAACUCUUCCGUGAUAGCGCUUUUCGAUGGUGCCACUCAGGAGCCGGUGCUUGUAUUAAAAUGUUGCAAGGGACUUUUACGUCAAGUGUUGAGACAGAGACUGAUGAGGAUGAUGCUGAUAAUCAAAGUGAGAGAUAAUUUCCCAUUGUAAAUGUAUAAUUCUUUAAAAUUUAUCAGUUAUAUUGUUUUACCAUAAGUAGAUUAGGUUAGAAAUGUCGAUGUAGUCAUGGCGCCUUUAUGCAGCGUUAAAUUUUUAGAAGAAAUUUUCUCUCUUUUGACCAUUGGGGUAACCACCGGAUUUUAUACGCAAAAAAAACCAAUUUCAGUUCAGGGAAGCUUGUAGCUGCUGAUUUUGGAACUACUACAUAUAUACUAUAGUAGAAAUGAUCAACAUUCGAAGGGUUUUCCCAGGCCGCCACACAAACGCCUCCAGUUCUGCAUAGCCGUAUGUUGCGUGUCCAGGUUUGGGAUACAAACCUUUACCUACAUCACUGUUAUAGGAAUUGCAUUUGUGGCAUGUUCUUUGGCGUACAUGCACGACUAUUUUACAGCUAGUUCUCGUUUCUAAACUGCACGAGUUCUGUGUUUUAACAGUUGAUACCUCAGACAGCUUUCUAAUCUUUACCUAAAUGUCAUAUAGGUUUGGAGUGAGGGUUGUUUUGAUCAAGUUGCACAAUUGUACAAACACACUUUUACUGCGUAAUCUAUAAGGCCUUGCUACACAAGGCGAUGUUUACCCUUCCAUAAGGACAAUACUACUGAUUUAUGAAAAAGCUGCAAUAUUGACCUACUGAUAUUUAUGUUAAUGGUUAACCAGCUAUGGGUUUAACCAGUGGAAGCUAGAUGAUUUGUCACAUUUUGUCUAUGUAAGUCUGGUUUGUAGUGUUAUGUACAGUAUGUGUGUGUUAUUUAAACUUUGUGAAGGUGUUAGGACAUUUGUAAGUGGAUGUAAUAUAUUUUGUGAAUGCCUGGAGUGGAGUGAUUACAGCGCAUCACAGAUUAAAAUCUCAUAUGUAGUUUAUCAGGAAGCACUGCAGUGCCAAUGUUUGUUUAAAAUAUUAAACUAUUGUUCUGAAA